AUGCCUACCGCCAUAGUUACCGGAGCCUCUAGGGGAAUUGGGCGUGGAAUCGCUCUACGCCUAGCCUCGGACGGCUUUGAUGUUGUUGUCAAUGACAUUGUCCAACAAAAAGAUCAUAUCGAGAAUGUCGUAUCUGAAAUCGAGCAAAGUGGAAAGCGAGCUCACGGGAUUGUUGCGGAUGUUAGCAAACAAGCCGAUGUCGAGCGUCUCAUUUCUGAAACAGUGAAAACGUUCGGGCAAUUGGAUGUUAUGGUUGCAAAUGCCGGUAUUCUGGAAACCACGUCCCUUUUGGAGCUUACAACCGAGCAAUGGGACCAUGUUAUGGGCAUCAAUCUCCGUGGUGUCUUCCUUUGCUAUAGCAUGGCCGCUGGACAGAUGAUCAAACAAAAGACCAAAGGCAAACUCAUCGGGGCUUGCUCAAUCUCUGGAUAUCGUCCCAGCGGCAAGGCUCCUGCCUACUGCACUAGCAAAUGGGCAGUGCGUGGUCUCACACAGACAGCCGCAUUAGAGCUGGGUGAGCAUGGAAUCACAGUCAAUGCGUACUGCCCAGGAUCAGUCAAGACUGAUAUGUCUACGGUUUUUGCUAAGCGAUUGGCUAAGGAGCAAAAGGACGCCAACGUGGAUGAAGCCUACAAAACAUCCUCUCAUCGUAAAAAUGCACUCAACCAGGAACUAUUCCCGGAGGAUAUUGCGUCGCUUGUCAGCUUUUUGGCUGGCAAGGAUUCAAAUGCGAUGACAGGUCAGACUAUGAUUUGUGACGGUGGCAUGUACUUCACCUACUUGCUUUGUCCAUAG